CGCUGGCAAAGGGAGCAGGUGCAUCGGGCGGCCCCGAUUACCCACGGAAGCGAGGCGGAGGCGGGUGUGCGCGGGCAGAUUAGCGCGCCCCUGACUCAGCAAGAACGCGCGCCCAGGGGGGCCGCCAGCCGCACAGCGACCUCCGGACACACGCGCGCCCUGGCCGGAGUCUAGCCCAGAUGAGGGCGGAGCUGCCGAGCCGGGGGCGGGGCCUGCCGGGCGGAGCGGCGGUCACGUGUGUACACAGGCCCGCGCUGUGCGCCCCGCCGCCUCCUCUGGCCCCUAGUUGCGCGAGGCGGCGACUGCGUGCCCCAGGCCCAGCGAGCCGCCCUGCCGAGUCCCCACCAUGUGGAGCUGCAGCCUGCUCAAUGGCACAGCUGGGGGUGAGGGCCAGCAACUCUGCCAGCACCUCCAUCUGGUCCUGUCCGCCUUCUCCCUGCUCUAUCUGGCUGUUGGUGUCCCGGUUGGCUUGGGCUGCAACGCCCUGCUGGUCCUGGCAAACCUGCAUGAACAGAGCAGCAUGACCAUGCCCGACGUCUACUUUGUGAACAUGGCCAUGGCAGGCCUGGUUCUCAGCAUCCUGGCACCCGUGCACCUGCUGGGCCCCACAGCCUCUGCAUGGGCCCUGUGGGGCUUUAGCAGCGAGGCCCACAUCACAGUGCUGGUGCUGUUCAAUGUGGCCUCCCUGGUGACCAUGUACUCCACGGCCCUGCUCAGCCUGGACUGCUACAUUGAGCGUGCUCUGCCACGCACCUACAUGUCCAGCGUCUACAACACCAGGCAUGUGUGCGGCUUCAUCUGGGGUGGGGCCCUGCUCACCAGCUUCUCCUCCCUGCUCUUCUACAUCUGCAGCCAUGUUGCCGCCAGGAUUGCCGAAUGUUCCAAGAUGCAGGACACGGAGGCUGCAGAUGCCAUCAUGGUGUUCAUCGGGUACCUAGUGCCCACCGUGGCCAUGCUCUAUGCUCUCGUGCUCAUCUCUCGGAUCCAGAAGGAGGACACGCCCCUCGACCAGGAUGCAGGGAGGCUGGACCCCUCAGUGCACAGGCUUCUGGUGGCCACAGUGUGCACGCAGUUUGGGCUCUGGACACCUCACUACCUGACUCUCCUGGGGCACACGAUCCUCACCUCGAGGGGGAAGCCCAUUGAUGGGCAUGCCUUGGGGGCACUGCUCUUCGCUAAGGACUUGUCCCGACUCCUGGCCUUUUCCAGCAGCUCUGCAAUGCCACUGCUCUACCGCCACAUCAACAGGGAAUUCCCUAGCAAACUCCGGCGGCUGGUGAAGAAAAUGCACUGUAGGCACCAAAGCUGCCCCCCUAACCAGGCAGCACUACAGCAGGUGAUGGCAUAGAGGCCUGAGUGCUGGCCCUGCAGGUGCCAUUACCACCUGCUUCAGCUGGCUGGCAGAAGUGUCUGGGGGCCCACACCCUGGGGGCAGUCCCGGGGCCAAGCCUGAGGCUGAGGCUCACCACCUGGUAGGUGAGGCAAGUGACUGCAGUGGACGUAUUGCACCUUGUACCUCACAUGCUCCCAGCUCUCCCGGGAGAUGCACUGAGUAGGAGGCGGUGGCAUGUUCUCCUGCAGUUGACUGUGUUUCUCCAAAAAAGACCACCCUCAGGCCAAGGCCAUGUUGUUCAAAUAGUGGGCAUGGGGUGUACAGACACGUGUCAGCCCCUCUGUGUGCAUAGGUCUUCCCUGCACACAUACCUGUCAGCUCCACACCCUAGACCACCCACGGACCUUCGACACCAGACUUUCUAAUGAAGCAAUGAAAAUUUAAAGCCAGUAUUUAUUUAUACUCUGCAUUGUUAAAAUACUUGAUUCCCACCUUAUUUUAUUUUUGUUUAUAAAAAGAGACAUUUGGUAGAAGAGUCACAAGUGUUAGAAAAGUACUGAAAUGAAGGAGUGGCACCCAGAGCACACGUGGCAGGUGGGCAGGAGGGUGCUGAGUGGUCGCGUGGUAGACGCAGGCAUGUGGGCUGAGACUGCAGAGCUUAAGUGCUUCAGAGAGAGGACAGUCAGCGUGGCGGGUUUGAAGCAAGAAGCAGUGAAGUGGCACAGAGGUUGGCUCUCUCCUUACCUACUCCCCUCCCAGGUGACACCAGUUGGCCUUUUGCAGUAUGGCUCUGUCCUAAAUUAACUUCCUAAAGUGCACACAAAACCAGAGAAUAUAAAUAAACUGGAGACAACUGCCG